AUGCGACUUUCCUCGGGCCUCGUCGCUGGCCUUCUAGUAAUCGGACAAGCCGCUGAUGUCGCUGCAAAGAGUAUCGGAGGCCAUUUUCUUCAUGCGCUCCAUCGUCGCGCGCACAGCUACGAGGAUACGAUGAUGAGGCAGGCCCACGACCUCUUCAACCACCUCGAGGCCCGCCAGGAUGACGCAACAUCGGACCCAAGCAGCGUCACGACAACGCCGGCCGCCAACGGCACUGUCGACUCGGACGAAUGGAACUCGCAAACCAAGGCAUCAUGCGACGGUGCCAUGGCCCGGCUGGCCUCGAAGCCGGACAAUCCGAGCGGGCUGGCUGUCUGCUACAACAUCCCCUUCUUCAACAACCAGACGGGCGUUUUCCAGGCAGAGCUCCGCAUGUACAACAUGACACCACCCUUCGACCCGUGGACGGGUGUGACGGCCGCAGACAUCAGCAUGACACUGUCUUACACGAGCGCCACGGUGCAAGCUUCCAACAGCUCAGACUCCCCGUCGAAAAGAGACCUGGAUUCGACCUUGGCAUCGCCGCCAAUCAAGUUGCGCGAGAUUGAAGCUAGGGAGGGGAGCACACUUGCCAGUCGCCAGUCCGAUUCCAACGGUCCGCGGGCGAUCAAGGUGCUCAUGUAUGUUGGACAGGUCGACCAAAACGCCUUGGACAACACGCAGUCGGCUCCGGAAAUGCAAGACCUGCUCAUGCCGACAGUCCAGCUCUCGGCGCGUUCUCCCCAGGACAUGUCUCCGCUCUCCACUAAGCUCUCAGCCACUCAGGCGUCGUUUCUCAACGGUGUCUUCUCCAACAAAGCUGCAGACACCACAUCCGGUGCGGACGCCUCUGCUUCCAACGCCGCCAAUGCCGUGUCUUUUCUCAUCCCGGGUUACCGCUUGGCUCCGUUGGAAGUGCCUGGCCUGACACUGGCCUUUGACCAGCUAUUCCCUACGGGUCUGGUUAUCACUCUCGUUUGGGCCGUCGCCUUCUUCGGCGUUGUUGGAUGGGGCACUUUGGGCAGAAUAAGAUUCAGGGACCAGUACCGGCGGAGGGUCAACGUGAAUAAGGAGUUGUACACGCCCCGCAUCUAG